GUCCGACAUUCGUUCAACCGAUGGAAGCCAGUGAGUGAAGGAAUGCGACCAGAAAUCGUGUGUUUUUAACCACAACAUCGUUUUCUUUUGCAUUUGACCAUGGCCUCCAGUGUAACCGAUGAUGAUUACGAUUCCGAUGAUUCAUGUGGAAGCAGUGACACAGGAGCCAUCAAUGACUCCGACACGGACAGCGGCAAUUCUUCAGAUGCAGACACCCGAACCACUGAGGCCACAGAUCAGUCAUCAGAUGUCGGGAGUGAGGAGGAAGAUGACGAAGAAGAGACAGAUGAUCAGAUAAACAUUGUGUGGAGCGGUGUGCGCAAAAACAUCCCUAUUGUGAUUUUUCGGCCGGAAAGCAUCUACACUAAAGUCAGGAGACUGUAUGCGACAGGAGAAAAAUAUCACUUAGCUUACAAGAUGGUGCGGACAGAAUGCAAAGUGGUCCAUCAGAUUCUCCGCAAACAUGGAUUCCAUGAUGUUCACCCCAAUAGUUCCGAUUUCAACCUAAUGUGGACUGGAUCCCACGUCAAGCCAUACACGCUGCGGACCUUUACGGAAUUCCAGAAGAUUAACCAUUUCCCAAGGUCCUAUGAAAUCACACGGAAGGACAGACUUUACAAGAACUUUCAGCGGAUGCAGCAGUCCAAGGGUACCCGACAUUUUGAUUUCCUUCCCCAGACGUUUGUAACGCCAGCAGAGUAUGAGGAUCUAACAACUGCUCAUAUGAAGGAGAGAGGUACAUGGAUAGUCAAACCAGUCGCCUCAUCAAGAGGAAGAGGCAUCUCUCUCAUUAAUAAUCCUCAGCAUGUACCUAUGGAUGGUAACCAUGUGGUGUCACGGUACAUCAGUAACCCACUACUAAUAGAUGGUUUCAAGUUUGACUGCAGAUUGUACGUAGCUGUGACCUCAUUCGAUCCACUCAGGGCAUACUUGUAUGAAGAGGGACUAGCGAGAUUUGCAACAGUCCAGUACAACCAUACCAACAAGACAAUCAAGAACGUCAUGAUGCAUCUCACAAACUACAGUCUCAACAAGCGGAGCAAUGAUUACGUCAGGUGCAACGAUCUGAACAUUGAAGACUACGGCAAUAAGUGGAGCUUUGGUGCUAUGGUCAGAUACCUCCAAAAGAAAGGGAAGGAUGUCAAAGGUAUGCUGGGUCGUAUUGAGGACGUCAUCAAUAAGACGUUACUGUGUGCUGAGCUGCCGGUAGCCACGGCCUGUAAGAUGUUUAUGCCGCACCGUGGAAACUGCUUUGAGUUGUAUGGCUUUGAUAUUCUAAUUGAUGAGAACUUGAAACCCUGGGUGCUUGAGGUCAACCUCUCUCCUUCCCUCGCUUGUGAUGCUCCCAUUGACUUGAAGAUCAAAUCCAACAUGGUGUCGGAUAUCUUCAGUCUCAUUGGUUUCAUAGCUCAGGAUCCCAUGAUGCGCAGGGUAACUCAGAGCAAACGCAACCAGGAACUAGCUGCCAGCAGUGUGCUUCGACAACAACGCCAGAGACCCUACUCUGCCGGGGCCUCCAGCCGGCCUGCCUCUGCCAAGAAAUCCAAGGACGUCGGGAGUCAGGGAGAAAAGGGGCUCACUGCAGAGGAGAGGAGGGUGGUAACCGAGAGCAAAGACGAGUACCAGCGGCGUGGAGGAUGGCUCAGGAUCUUUCCCUCGCCGCUGAGUUGGGACAAGUACAAGAAUUUCUUGGAGAGUCGUACCAACCUAAACCAAGUGGUGCACAGUCGUCUGUAUCCAGACAACGUGUUUGAUUUGUCGUCAGGCACUGGCCUAUUCACUAGGGCAAAGAAAGUGACGGGUGCCGUUUUGCAGGAGUUAGCGGACCGUGAGCUACAGGAGCAUCUCUGCCAGUUCAUGCGCAAGCUGGUCACCUCGGAAAACGUGACAGGCCGCAAGCAAGUACGCAAUAAAAUACGCCAGCGCUACCCGACUAUCAAGAGGAUGUUUAGUGCUGGUGUGAUGCGCAGUGCUGUCAAAAGUGACCGGCAAGACAGGGAGCCGCUAGUCCAAGGCAAGCUGGAGGAUGCACAAUCUAGCGCCCAGGCUUCCAAAAAUGAACAAACAAGUCAGAAACAGGGCUCCUCCUCUGUCACCUCCAGCCAGAGCUCCCUGGCAAGUGGGAAGGCCCAGCCGGACGGUGGCAGAAGUGGGAUAAACCAGGAUGGUGGCAGAAGUGGGAUACAACAGGACGGUGGCAGAAGCGGGAUUCAACAGGAUGGUGGCAGGAGUGGGAGCAAUCCCUCAGGGAAGCCUCCUGUGGCCCCGGCUGCCGGCAGCAAGGACAACAAGGGAGCCAGGAUGGUGUUGGAGGUCCCAAAACAGCCCUCAGCCAAAGAGAUCAGGGAGAGCAUCAACGUGCCUGAGAUCAUGAGUAGCGGGGGAGACAUCACGAAGCUGCAAGCGAGGCUAGCAUUUGCCACUUACCUCCUUCGGGUGCAACAGAGAUUACUGGAGGAAACAAACAAACCGCCAGAGGUCCUUGAGGAGUCUGCCCAGAAUGAUGAACAAAUGGACCUGGUUUUACGAUUCCUGAAGAGGGCCGCCAGUAACCUGCAGCAACCGUUCAAAGUCAUUGUGCCCAGCCGCAAGCUGCCGGCCCACGACAGGAGAAGGAUCCUGGCCAAACAGCUGGUGGACUUUGUCCAAAUUUAUAACAAGGAGACUGACCAGAUGGACCUACGUAGGAAGAUGGACCAGAAGCGGAAUCCCUCCAAGGACAAAGAGGAUGACCUGAAUCAGGACCGCUUUGGCCAGUUCACCACCAUCGCUACAGAGAGUGAGCUAGAGGAACUGCUGACCAGCUACACCAAACAGAACAAAUCCGCCAGCAUCUUCCUAGGCACCAGCAGUCCGGCCAACUACAAGAACCUGAGCGACAUCACGGCCCGGCCUGUGUCCUCUGCCGUUCACCCUGAGGGUUCCACAGCGGUAGUGGCGAGCCGAAGCGCAAGCAGCACCAGCCUGCAUCACCACCACCAUCAUCAUCGGCACAAUACCGGUGAGGAGAACGUGGGCACGCAUGACAGCGAGAGUAGGGACAAAGAUGCAGGAGCUGGGGAUGCUACCACCACCACCACUCAUCGACGGCCCCAGUCCACCCCUAGCGGGGGACUGCGACCAUCAUCAGCCAGUUUAGCGGCUGUGUCACUGUACGGAGCCCAGAACAACACCAGACAGAGGCCGGUGUCCGCCAAGAUAGGCCACAAAGACACAGGAGACAAUCCACACCAGCUGAAUCGGCCAACGUCCGCCUACGUUCACAGAGAACCACCCGGUGGCGAAAUAGCGGCAAGGCUCUUCUCCGAGAGCAGCCAGCAAGCCAUCCAAGAAGCCCUUCAGCGUCUUGCCCGCCGCCAGGCCGUCAGGCAGUACUCGGCUUCCAGCAGUCAAAAUCAGAACGUAGUUACCCAACAAUACCUGCAGCAUUACAAUAGCGGUGGCAGCGGUGGGAUCAGCCCAACCCCUGCUGGUCCUCACCACCAAGCAAGCGUAAAUCUCACCAGCGCGGCCAGGGCUGCUCACGGGUCGAGGAGUGCCAGCAGCCUGACCAACCCUCACCAGCCUCACCAUCACAGCAGGGGGAAUACAUGGGAUGGUCUUAAAAGCCAGAGCAACAGUGUCUUGGACAGCAACGCUGGGGGAUCCAGGACCCCCAGCCAGUCUUCUCUUAGCCAAUCAGCCAGUGCCAUCCAACUAAGACAUCAGCUCAGUGGCCAAGACCUCCCUUUGAACACUAGCGCAGACCCCAUAGGGGCCGACGAACUCAGGAAUGGGGGCAGCGAAACCUUAUGGAGAAGGGAUUCCACCAGUGCCCAUCAAGCUCCAUCACAACAGAAGCCAUACCAUCCUGCGGGAAGCCAGCAUUUUCAGAGCAUUCUUCAACAGAAUGGGCUGAGGUCUCCGUCCAAUCAGAGUAGCGAUGAGGGAGGCAGGGCUGCCCAGAAGCAACCGCUGAGCCUUCAGGAGAAGAAGCAGAUAUCUCACGACAUGACCCAGCAAAGCAAGGCUAAACACCAAGAAAAGAUUGCCCAAGCUCACUCCAACGCCUCGGCCCUGCGUGAGGCUCUCCAGCGCAGUGUGGCCUCCAGCGGUCAUCCCGCCGGUCAGCCCACUGGCCAUAACCACAUCAAGCCCAGGCCUCCGGUCAAGUCCUCCAAUGCCCGCAAGCCUAUUAGUGUCCAGCGAAUGGCCAGGACCACCCAGUUGGAUGAGCCCUCCCCUGCACCCUCCUCUCAAUCCUCAUCGACCUUCUACUCGGGCCUGAAGUACAACAAUAUGACAGGCACUACUAAAGUUCCGUCCUCGGGCAUCAGCAAUAUCUACAACUCUGGUUAUCAGUCAGCUGUGGUAAAACACUGAUGAGAGGUCUACCUACAUAUGUCUCACAUUUCCUGCACACAUGUACAUGUCCUUCUCGAUGGAGUCAAUGCAAAAGUACCUUCCAGCAUCGACGAAGAGAGGGAACCGACAGUGUACUCUUGAACGACAUUGUCACCGCUACCGGCUUGUGCACAUUCAGGAUACCUUUGCCACAAUCUCGCAGCGUGUCGCAUCAUGGUCCGUGGUCGCAUCCAGAGCUCUCUUGAUUGGUCAGGAGGCACCCUCCACCGGUACUGUCCCUCCUACUUGGAGUCCAUACUUGUCACGUGAGCCAGUUUUGGAAGGAGGAUGAUCACUUUCACUUCAGCAAGAAAAGACCUUUUUUUAAUAGAAUGAAUUCCAACAUUUGUAUUAAUUUGUUUUAGUUUAAAUAUAAAACAGAUGGUUUCUCAGAGAAUUGUGACCUGGUAAUGAUUAUACAUAGAGCUGGGACCAAAACGUUUGGAGUAAGUGUGGAUUGUUUUUGUUAGUGGGGCGGCAGAACCUUUUCCUUCCCCACCCUCCCCCCCCCCCCACCCAACCCCCCUCUCCGUUUCACUAUAUUUCACCUUCCAGUGAAGAGCUCAACUUUUCUUUUGAAGAUCAAGUUCUGAACUACAUCCCAUUUUUCUUCUUCUCAGUUUUCAUCAAAAUCACGCUGGGGUCAGAUGACCCUUUCCCCUCAAAAUGGAUAUAAGAUCGUAGAAAGCUGUCAUCAAGGUCAAGUCCUACAUGUAACUGGCUAUAAUGUUACCAAGCCUAGUCUGCCAAUAGCUCCCUGGUCGGGUGCAGAGUUUUUGAUCCAGUGUUUCUCAUCUGUUCAAUCAACCUCUUUGACAAAUUUCAGAUAAUUCUGCAGACUCAACCAUUGAUUCAAAUUCUGAGAAAGUGUGCCGGCAGUAAUUGUCAAUAAUCCGAGAAGCAAAAACACGUCUCGAGUUUCGAUGUCUGCAUACUCAUUCCCUUCACAGCUAGUAGUGGGUCCGCCUUCGGCCCGUGUUUAUGAGUUAAUGUUCUCGCAGGUCACAUAUGAAGCCCUCUGAAAUUUCAUAUCAGAGCAGCUUUAAAGGGAAUGUACAUCAUGGCUUUCGCUGUAAUUUUCAGAAAUGAACUAUUUGA